UGGGUGGUGUUAUCUCAACAGCAACCGAUUUCGUGGUUGAGAAAUUAUGUAGCUGCUUUUGUCUGGAAGUCCACCAUAUUUGCAGACUCGACAAGAAUCUAUAAACUCUGGUAGAAGACAUGAAGAUACUGGAGGCAAAGCGAAAUGAUGUGCUGAAAUUCGUGAAGAGGGAGGAAGGCAGAGGUUUACAAAGGCUUAGUGGAGUUGAUGUAUGGCUUACGGCUGUCAGGAACAUUGAAAACGAGGCCCGUGAAACACUUAUGGCUUGUACAAGUGAACUUCAAGGGUUGUCUAUUUGUGAUGGUUGUUCAAGAAAACUAGUAGCAAGGUUUUUUUAUGGGAAAGAGGUUGUCUCGUUGUUGGAAGAUGUCGAAGAGCUAACGGGUCGCAAAUUAACUGAAGAUAUUAAUGCUCUGGCUGUGCCACCUAUGAGAGAUGUGGUGGGGGAAAGAGAUCUACAACCUAUCAUUGUUGGUCAGGAAACAUUGCUCGAGGGUGCAUGGAGCCGCCUCAAGGACGGCAGAACCCAGGUUAUGGGUCUACAUGGCAUGGGGGGAGUGGGGAAAACAACUCUUCUUGACCAAAUCAACAAUAAGUUUUGUGGUGCAAAUGAUGGGGUUGACAUAGUAAUUUGGGUUGUUGUGUCUAAGGUCAAACGGAACGAGAAGAUUCAAGAUGAGAUUGCUAAGAAACUUGGCUUUUUUACUGAAGUGGAUUCAUGGAAACAGAAAACAGAGGCCGAGAAAGCCUCUAGUAUACGCAGUUCCUUGAAGGCCAAACAAUUUGUGUUGAGCAAAGUGGAGUUAAAAGAUAUCGGUGUUCCAAUUCCAACAAAGGAAAAAAAAUGCAAAAUUGUAUUCACUACUCGUUCAAGAGAAGUAUGUGCUCGCAUGGGGGAUACUAACCCAGUCGAAGUCAGUUGUCUAGACACCGGCAAAGCCUGGGAGUUGUUCAAGGAGAAAGUCGGGGAGAACACACUGGGACGCCACCGAGGCAUUCCCGAUCUCGCAAGAAAAGUGGCAGGAAAAUGCCAUGGCCUACCAUUGGCACUCAAUGUUCUUGGGGAGACCAUGUCAUCCAAGGACACAAUACAAGAAUGGCGCCACGCAGUUAAGAUUUUGACUUCAAAUGAUGCAAAAUUUUCUGGAAUGGACGAGAUUUUUCCAGUUUUGAUGUAUAGCUACGACAGCCUCAAGGAGAAGCAUGUUAAGUCGUGUUUCCUAUAUUGCUCUCUGUUUCCAGAAGAUUUUGAAAUCAGAAAAGAUAUCUUAAUUGAAUAUUGGAUCUGUGAGCGUUUCAUACAAGAAAAUCAGAGUAGAGAAAACGCAUUCGACGAAGGCUAUAGUAUCAUCAGUUCUCUUCUCCGCGCAUGUUUAUUGUUGGAAGAACAAGUCGAUAAAGUAAAAGUGAAAAUGCAUGAUGUGGUUCGGGAGAUGGCUCUGUGGGUAGCAUCUGAUCUUGGGGAGCAUGAUGGGCGAUAUACUGUGCAAGCCGGUGCUGGGUUACGUGAUAUACCGGAAGUUGGGAGUUGGGGGCCCGUGAGAAAGAUGUCUUUGAUGAACAAUGAGAUCCAAGAGUUAUCUGGCAGUCCGUGCUGCCCUGAACUUACAACUCUGCUUCUCCAAGAAAACAAGCUGGUAACUAUCUCAAGCGAAUUCUUUCGACAGAUGCCUAGGCUACUCGUCUUGGAUCUCUCGCGAAAUACCUCGUUCAAUGGAUUGCCAGAGAAAAUGUCAUUGGUCGCUUUGAGAUACCUUAACUUGUCAGACACACAUAUAGAGCGACUGCCUGUUGGUUUACAGGAGUCGAGAAUGCUAAUAUGUUUGAAUUUGGAAUUCACGAGGAGCAUUGAAAAUGUUUCGGGGAUGAUAUCCAAAUUUUCGAGGUUGAGGAGAUUGGGACUACGGAAUUCCUACACGAAGCUAGACAUGAGCUUAUUGGAAGAGUUGCAGCUCUUGAAAUAUCUACAAGUUGUAACCAUAGGUAUAAACUCAUGUUUGGUUGCGGAGAAAUUGUCAAACUAUGACAGGGUGGUGAAAUGUGUUAAGAAGUUAGAUUAUAAGGACCUUCAGGAUGAAUCAUUCAGAGUCUUGACUUUGCCGACUAUGGACAACCUUUGUGACCUCAAGAUAGAAAAGUGUGGAAUGGCGGAGAUAAAGGCAGAGGGAGCAGCAACUUCAUUGUGGAACAGAAGUCCCACGAGUCCAUCCUUCCUCAACCUUUCUACUGUCUUUAUAAAUUAUUGCAACCGUCUCAAGGAUUUGACGUGGCUGUUGUUCGCUCCCAACCUUACUAUUCUUAACGUUGGUCAUUCAAAUCAAAUAGAGUAUAUAAUAAGCCAAGAGAAAGCUACAAAUGGUGUGGCAGGUACCAUCAUUCCUUUUGCAAACAUAGAACACUUUAGCUUCUAUUGUGUACCAAUGUUGAAGAGCAUCUAUUGGAGUGCUCUCCCUUUUCAAUGCUUGAAAGGAAUCAGGAUAGGAGGGUGUCCAAACCUGAGAAAGCUUUCAUUGGAUUCUGAAAGUGUUGCCAAUGUAGAUGGAUUUGUUAUCCAGUGUAUAGAGAGACAUUGGACAAAUAAUAUUGAAUGGGAAGACGAAGCAACUAAACUCCGUUUCCAAGCUUCCUGCCCCUAGUAGCCCCCUCCCCCCAAUGCUGCGAAACAGUUUUUUUUUCUUCAAAAUCUUCUAUGUUUCUACUGUCACAUUGUUCUGCUUCUCGCUUUGCUUCUUUCAAAAACUGGUGUGCCUGGUCGAGUUUAUUUUAACUUAUUAUGUGGAUAUUCAU